GACGAAGUUCGCAUUACAGGUGAUCGCCGAGUGUCUCCGCCUCCACGUGGCGAAUUUUACGGUUUCUUCCGGAACGUUGAGUCCCAAGUCCCUCGAAAAUGCACCCAUCGGUAAAGAGGCUCGCCACAUCCGUUGGGACGAGACCACUGAAGCUGCAACAGGCCAGCGCGUCGCUGCUGCCUCCAAUCGUGCUAUACCGACAUCUUUUGAGAGCUCAUCGUUCUCUACCGGAGGGUAUGCGUUCUUUGGGAGACGAAUAUGUGAAAGCUGAAUUUCGUCGUCAUCGAGAGGUGACAAACCCCUUGCAUAUUAUUGGUUUCCUGUCGCAGUGGAAGGCAUACUUGGACAAGAUGCCCAGAGACUCAGAGCCGGAGAAGUUUACUGGACAGAAAUUGGGUCCUCAGUUGAUUGAAAAAAUGUCUGCGGAGCAACUUGGGCAACUUUAUGAACUGAAAAAUGCUACUAAGGAUGCGUGGAAUUCUAUCGAGGAUGAAGGACCCAAGGAUCCGAGGGAGCAGUGAUCUUGCUGGCUCACAAUAUAGUUAUUCUGUUCUACUUUGUACCACAACCCCAUGUAACAUGAUUCUACAUUCUAUCUUUCGGUGAAUGUCGGUGGCUCAAGUUUAGGACGGUUGUCACGUUAUCGAGUCGAUAUAAGAUCAUGUGU